ACAGGUAACAAAUAAACAAAAAGUAUGGCAGGUGUCAAAGAGCUCGGCGAAAAUGAUCGUUUGUACGCGGUGUUUUGAAUUGAUUUGAUUCAAGCUAAGAAGUGAAAUGUCUUCGAGUGCCCGGAAAUCACCGCGAGUAGAGGACUUAAUUUCUACGGAAGAUGACACUUUAGGAUCCUCCAUAAGUCUCAGUGUUGGGGAGAACUCAAUACGUAUAAAGGAGAAAGUCAAAUCUACCAAGGAAAUUGAGCAAUUGCCAGCGGAUAAGAGAGACGUGCAGGAAAAAUGGUGGUUGAAGAGACCUGAAACGCGUUUAGAAGUUCUAAGUGCCAAGAAUACAGAGACUAAGAUGAAGCAGUCACCUACGCCUUCCUCGGACGUCAGUUCUUCCAUGAAAGAAUUUCUUGAGAAGGAGAGGAUGUGCAAAGCCAUGCCCAAGAGCGAGGGAGAAGUCAAAGACAAAGACGACACUUUGUGCGACAUACUUGCAUCCGCAGCUUUUGAUAAGUACCCGUCGGACUUUGAGAACGCCACUGACGAAGAUAUUGGCAGCAUACUGGAAGAGAUGAGCAAGAUUGCUGGCGCAUUGAGUCCUAAUUCAGGUCCUGAACGCACCAAAUCGGGCGGCUCGAGCAAAGUUCCCACCGAGGAAGAGAAGUCCGUGGAGGAACUGUUGGAAGAAGCUGAGAAGUUAGUGAGGAAAAACAGCAGCACUCUGUCGAAAAGCGCGUCCAAGUCUGACACCCUGGUGCCGGAAAAUGGUCAGGACGAGAGCUUGAGUCGAGUGAGGCAGUUAGAGGCUGACAUUUUCCAACUGAUAGAGGAGGAAGUGCACAAGGAAUCGGAGAAGAUAAAGAAGAGCCCGAAAAACGAGAAGAAACGGGAGAAUAGUCCGGGAUUCGAGAUCGUGUACGAGAACUUGAGCAGCCUGAGACCGCCGAAGACAUUGGAACUUCAGAGGAGGAAGUUCGAGGAGCAGAAAGUGGAGAUAUCGAGCAGUUCCGAUUUGGAUGAUCCGAUCGAGAGACAUUCCAAAUCCGAGGAACUGAAGAGCGCAAAGAAGGUCGAGAUGGAGAAGGAGAAUCUGCAGAAGGAGAUCACGGACGUGGACAAGGAUUUCUUCGAGGAUUUGCUGAGGAGAUCCAAGGAGAAGGCGGAAGGCGGGAUGUCUGGGAGUUCCAGUUUCGGGCAGGAGGACUUCUCGCAUUUCUUGAAACUGCUGCAGGGCCAAACGGACAAAAAGGAGCUAGAAUCAAAGGAGCCUAAUAUGGUGUACGGUCUGUUGCUGAAAUCCACUAACGGUGAAGUGCUAACGACCGCCGAGGGCCAAUUAGGGAAAACCCCCGAAUUCCCGGAGAAGGAAUUCUCCGAGAUAUUGGAGAAGGAGUUGCCAGCAGCCGAUGACGUGGAACAUGAAAUCAACGAGAGCGACUCCAGCGUAAGCGAGGGACCGCCUAAACGAGCACCCAAUUCCCCAACAGUCGGAGUAACGUUCUCGAAGAGCUCCAGCAACGAAUCCUCCAAAAGAUCAAAAGGCGCGGAGAAUAAUAAAAACGCGCCCGACAGCAAUAAAAAGAUCAAUUCCGAGAUCGAACUGUACACGGUGGGCUUGACGCCGAGAUUAGAACUGUUCGCCGACGCGAUACCCAAACUCAUAGCGGAGAAAUUGAACGAGAAUGUUACGAAGGAGAAUGCGGACAAGGCUGAUUCGCCGCACCAGGGACCCAUAUCCCCGGGAGAGAAGAUCGAAGAAGGAAAAGUGGAAGCUAUACUCAAGACGCCGAAGACUCCCAAAGUAGGUUACCAGGAGUCGUCGAGUCACGGUGCCUCGAGAAGAACCGUGGACGCGCCCAAAGCCGAACGCGUCGUCAGCGCGCCGAGCACUAAGCAAACGAAGAAGGAGAUAAGAUUCUGCAAGUCCAAGAGCUACGAUCAGAUAUGUCAACCUCCUCUGAGAACUUCUCUCGAGAAUAUCAGGAUCAACAAAGCGUCGGACGUGCCGAGGAGACCCGUGAACUCGGUUUCCAGAAAAUCGCCGAUGAUAAAGCCAAAAAUGCCGACCCGGCCAAUCCCGAAAUCGGGCACUGACCAAGUCCAGAAGGCGAGGCCGAGACCUAGCGCGCUCUCGAAACCGAGAACGGAUUCCGCCAAGCUCGGCUCCACGUCCAGUUUGCCGGCCGCGUGCAAAACGUCCCACGUGAAAUCGCCCGACAGUCACAGGAGGCAUUUAAUGGCCGGCGGCGAUACAAAUCUAGUGACGUUCGACUGGAAGAUGCUGUGUCGCGAGGAGAAGCACAAGAACGCGCUCUUGAAGCAGCAGCUGGAGUCCGAGGCGAAGCUCUACAAGAGCCAAAUCAUGGAGAUGCGCACGUCCUUCGAGGAAGAGCUCUUCGCCCUGAAGAAGCAGAAUAUAAUCUUGAAGGCGAGGGUCGACGAGCUGUCUCUGAACGACAGGCGUCCGGAGGUACCCACGAAGAACGACACGAAGAUAGCGCUGCUGGAGCAGGAGCUGGAGAAGCAGGAAAGCCUGAUCCGCGCAUACGAGAGCGAGAACAAGAAGCUGAUGCAGGAUACGAAGCGUCUGCAGGAGGAGCUGAAGAGCUUGCAGUCCAAACAGAAGAGCACGGUGUCGGAGGCGAACGACAUGCAUCAGCUGGCCGAUCGAGUGAAGGAUCUCCAGGAAGAGACGUUGAAGCUGAAUCUCGAGGUGUCCGAGCUGAGGCAGAAGAACGCAGACUUCCUGCUGAAGAACGACGACCUGACUCAGCAGAACAGCCUGCUCACGGACGAACUGGAGAUGUUUAAGGAGCAGCUGAGAGCGAAGAACAACUUCAUCACGGAUCGACUCCAGGCGAUGACCUCCGCCGAGCUGGACCUAAAGAGGCAGAUUGAGGACCUGAGUAUCAAGCUGAGCUCGAAGUCGGAGCAAUUGCGCGUGACGAAGCAAGAGCUGGACAGGAUGCAGCAGAACGUGCUGCCGUUGGAGAAGGAACUGCUUGAGCUCAGGGUGAAGGAGGGCAACCUUCAGGAGAAACUGCAGAUCAGCAAGAGCCACAUCGAGCGUGAGAAGCAGCUCAGCCAGAAGCUCAAGGAUCAGGUUAUCUUGGACAAUAAGAAAGUGAUGGACCUGAACAGGCAGGUGCGCGAGAUGGAGCGUAUACUCAAGAGGAAGAACCCGGACUCGGUGUCGGCGCUCAUACUGACCGCCAACUCGGGCCAAGAGAAGAUCGGCACGGAGAAGGUGAAGCUGCUGGAGGAGAGAAUAGUGGCUCUCGAGAGCGAGAUCAAGAGGAAAGAGGAGCUCGCCCAGCGGAAUCUGAUUGACUUGCAGGUGAAGUUCUCCGAUAUGAAGGAUAGGUACGCGACGCAGGUGAUGGAGCUGGAAGCGAAACUGUCGGAAGCCACGGCGAGGGAACGCAAGAUGUACAACGACAUGUUCACGCAAACCACGGUGAAAUUCGUCGAGAACAAGGGCGUGGAGACCAACAGGAGAGAUGACAGGGCCUCGCUGGUGGACAAAGAGGACAAGAAGGAUCAGAAGGCCGGCUCGAAGGCUGGAUCGAAGUCGCAGAAUUCGAAAGAAGACGCGCAUCUCAUCGCCACGAUCAGAGGCCUGCAGUUGGAGAUCACGAACAAGGACAGAGCGGUGUUGAAGUUAACGAAGGAGAGCCAAGAGCUCCAGAAGACGAACAGGAGGCUGCAGAAGGAGCGGGAGAAACUGCUGAACGAUCGUAGGAGCUUCAGGAGCAUGGACUUCGACAAGGUGUUUCAGAGAACGAAGAACGGCGACGGGAACGACCAGAACUCGAACGUCUAUCAGAACGGACACGUCGCCGACUCGCAGAGGCUGUCGUCGUCGACCACCAAGCUGUACGAUCCGAUGCAGUACACGGAGACCAGCAAGAACGGCGUUAUCAAGAAGCUGACCAACGAGAACGACAUCCUGAAGGAGGAGCUGAACAAGAUCAACAAGGACUUCAUGGCGCUGAAGAGCAAGCGGCUGCACGACCUGAAUCUGCUUCAGGAGGAACACGAACGGGAGAUGGCCACCCUCGUGAAGGAGUACAGCGUCAAGUUCGGGGACUCUAAGGUGGUAAAGUUACAGGGUCAGAUUAAUUCUCAGGGAGCGAUCAUAUCGCAGUUGAAGGAGCAGGUGGACAAGUUCCGGGACUACAAGGAACAAGUGGUCGUGCUGAAGGCCGAGAGGGAGCACCUGGAGAACAAAGUGAAGACACUGACCGAGAAAGUCAAGUACUUAUCGACGCCGGGAACCGAGCAGUUGCAGCUGCUGCAGGACAAGAUCACGAUCCUCCAGCAACGGCACGAGAGCCGAGAGAUGACACUGCAGGCGCUAGUGCGCGACCUGUUGAGAAACCGGACGCAGUGCAAGGACUGCAAGAACGAGAAGGGCAAGAGCCGGCAGCUCUGCUACUUCCGGCAGGAGCUGGAUCACAUUCUAGGGAUGCUUCAGGAGAUCGCUAACGUCCACUGAUACCGUUGAAUCGAGAAUUGCUCGCCUACGCAGCUGCGGCUGAACUCGGUAGACCGCGCGAUAACGCCGCCGCUUCAGCAAGCACGCGAGUGACCUCGCCCGAAGUCGCGCCGAUUCCGGCCGUCGCUGCGAAGCGCGCCGAUCGUUUCGGGCAAAGUGAUCGCGCGCGGCGCCAUUGACGUAGUUCUCGUUUCGUCAUCGAAUAUUGUGAUAUAACUUUUACAGCAGUAAAUAAGACUCGCGACUUAGCAUUAGGUAAUUUAAAAGAAGAAGAAGAGAGAGAGAGAGAGAGAAGAGAGAAAAAAAGAGAGAGAGGCAUUAGGUACCUUAGGUAUCGAGGUAUAGUUUCGCAAACGCGUUCGUUCUGACGAAACGGUCGAUACUCCAUCGGCUGUUCCAGGAAGGCUAAGAUCGUCAUUAUUGUUACGACGCGCAAUCUUCUCGUAGUCUUUCUUGCGUCCGUCGACACCGUUCGUGCGCUGCGAGUUCGUGUCUAUCGGCGUUAAGUUUCGGCGAACGACUUAUCGGUAGACGCGGAUCACUGCCAAAGAGAAGGACGCUACCGCGAGCUAAAGGUAGCGCGCACACACGUAUACAUAUAACGAACGCGGACGAUUGAAUUGACACUUUUUUCCGAUCUCUCUUCGUCGCCAAUUUCCUUGCCAUGCGCGCAAUGUCUUUCGUAACACUGCCCGCCAAUUUAGCAUAAUCUCUAUCGUUCCAUCGGACGUGAGGAAUUAAUUUUCCAGGCGUUUUAACAAAUCUUACCUCUACGACGGAUAAAUAUUUUUUUAUCUAUUUAUUAUUUAUUUAUUGGCACCCCUAAGAGGAAGAAUCGUGCGUGAUUUGAUUUUUCUCUUCCUGUUUUUACUCAUAUUGACGAUUCCGUUCUCGCGAUGAACGUUGUACGA